GCAGUAAUCGGUAGUGUCUAUAACGAUCAGGGUAUCGAUCUGUCGCGGAUUACUUUAUUCAAUCACUACACAAGCAGGCGAGUGUGACCAGCUGCGACGGUGUUGAGUCGGAGGAUACCUCCUUCAUAGGUUGGAUUACUGUACCUUUCUCGAGGAUUCGGAUAGCGUGCUCUUGGCGCCGAGAUGCACACCUUGGCUACGAUAGGUAACUGACUGGAUGACGUGGGUAGAAGGCCGGUAAUGUAGAACAUUCCUUACAAGCCAGGCCCAGCCUUGCUACACUAGGAUCCUCUAUGAGGAAGCUACAACCUUCGUCCUCAGCCUCCCGGCCCGGCGCCCCAUAACAACGGGCAAAACUCUGCUGCUCCUCACACACUGACAGGGUGCAAUGACUACCGGGGGUGGUCGUUUUGAUUUCGAUGAUGGCGGCACAUACUGCGGGGGUUGGGAGGAUGGAAAGGCCCACGGUCACGGCGUAUGUACUGGACCCAAAGGCCAGGGCGAAUACUCCGGUGCCUGGCAAUAUGGGUACGAGAUCUCCGGAGUAUACACUUGGCCUAGUGGUAACCAAUUCGAGGGUCAGUGGCUUCAAGGAAAGAGACACGGACUAGGAAUAGAAACAAAAGGGCGGUGGAUUUAUAGAGGGGAGUGGACACAGGGAUUUAAGGGGCGCUACGGAGUGCGGCAGAGUGCCAAUUCCGGGGCCAAAUAUGAGGGGACAUGGACCACGGGGCUGCAGGACGGAUACGGCGUGGAGACUUAUGCUGACGGAGGUUUUAGUGGUGCGAUGUCCGCCCGCUCGCCAGGACAACAGCAGACAGCCUGUGAAAGCACUUACCAGGGACAAUGGCUGAGAGGAACACGCCACGGUUACGGAGUUCGACAGAGCGUGCCUUACGGUCUUGCUUCCCACUAUCGACCAAAAGGACUCCGGGCCUCCCUCACCUCCCUAAGGAGCGAGGCUGAAGAAGAUCAUGUGGUUAAGGAACGUGAUAAGCGACUUGACGAAAGCAGGGGCGGCUUCGUGCUCAAGGCGAAGAGCGACGAGGAGCCGGACAAACUCAGAAAGCUUUCCAUUUUCGAUAAGCAUGGCCGCUCUAGUUUACGUAAGAGCAUUAUGUCCGGUUUGAAAUUAAAGAAGCAGCGUAGCACAGGAGAUAUCAAUGAUUCGCCUCGGCGGCCGACCGGUUCUGUGCGGAGUACAAUUAGUAAUAUUAGUCACAUGAGUAUGGAUUCUACACAUUCUGCCGCUACUGGCAUGUCUAGGCUAACAGAUAGUAAUCUUAGCUUCAUUAGCCAAGAUGACAUCACGGAUGUAAAUGUGACCGAAUCCUAUAUGGGAGAGUGGAAAAACGACAAACGGUCAGGUUUUGGAAUAAGUGAACGAUCUGACGGUUUAAAAUACGAAGGCGAGUGGUACAACAACAAAAAAUACGGAUACGGUGUAACAACAUUCAAAGAUGGUGCACGAGAGGAAGGGAAAUAUAAGAAUAAUAUAUUGAUAUCAUCAGGAAAGAAAAACAAAAUAUUUCUAAUUAGGUCAUCAAAGUUACGUGAGCGGAUUGAUAAUGCAGUUGCUAACGCCCAACGAGCAGCACAGGUUGCCUUGCAAAAAGCGGACACAGCCAUCUCAAGGAUGGCUAAUGCCCGUGCGAAAGCUGAGCAAGCUGAUAUUGCUGCCCAUCGUGCAAGGGAAGAUUCAGACAUCGCGAGGUUAAAAGGCAAAGAAUUUGCGCCAGAGUUUCACCAACCCGGUACGGACAUUCUGCGGAAGAAAUUGCAAGAACAUGGCGGACCGGAUAUGGGAAACUAUCACCCUGUUCUAAAUCACAAUCCCCACAUUCGAUCCAAGUCGGUGACGGACCGAUCGCACGAGCAUUUACCGGAUGGUCAAGCACCGCCAGGUAUGGUGUCAGCCUUAUCAACUGCUCUAGACUGUGCUAUAGCUGGAAGUUCAAGCAAAAUAGUUCAUAAUAUGAAUCAGUUGGAAUCUCAGGAGAACCCGAACAGUAGUCGCUACUUAGAUAAUAGAGAUGGUCGGGGUGGUAGUGAUGAUCAUAUACGGGGUGGUGGGUCCGCAAAGUAUAGUCCUAACACCAGGCGUAGAAUAGCUGCGGGUUAUAAACCUGAAAACCUAUCGGAUUUGUUAACCUCUACAAUGUUAAACGAUCAUUUUGAUCACUAUAGAACCAACAGGGACGAUAGUGGACUAGGUAGGGAGAUUUACUCCGAUACGGAGCGAUAUAGGAAUGGACCUAAUUUAGACCCUUCACCAGAUUCUGGAGUAUCUGACUCGGACGACAUAAAACCCUACCGUCCAGUUUCACGGAGAAAGACGAUGCCUUCUUUAGCUAAUAGUAAAAACAAAAGCGGUUCUACUGGUGAUGUGACGAAACCGGAAUCGGCCACCGAGGUGCAUAGCAGUGAAAACAUUAAUGCAAAAAAUCCAGACUCGUAUAUUAUAGAAAAUGGAAUAAGAAAACGAGUCCAAGCGGAGGUGCAUGCUGCGGCACCUAUGACGCGAGCCCCGGCAAAAGAGUUGCCCAGUCGGUUACGUAUGGAAACAGAAAGCCGACUAGGUAGCAAAGGAAAGCGCGGCAGUCUUCCAGACAUUACAACCUGUAAGCAGAUGGAGAAGAAAAUCAUGCCCAGGGAGGAGGUGAGCCGCCUCUCGCACGAGAGGAGACAGGAGCUCAUCCGGUUACACGCGGAGGAAGAGAGACGAGCACGUGGCGAAAUUGUGAUUAGGCUCAGCGACUUGAAGGACUGGUGCCAGCAGAGGCAACUUCUCAUGUUUGUUAUCGCCGUCAACGUCAGUUUAGCAACAAUGUUCUUCAAUCUUCUUCAAAACCAGUGAUAUCAACUGCUAUUCCCUGGCCAUGUAAAUAACAAAUUGAAUAGGCAACCACUCCUGGAUGCGGUGUCCAACAAACCCAGCUGACUUUCGCAAGUGUCAGGCAACGGCUGCGGACGAAGACAAGGUCCCGGGUCAUCCCCUUGGAUCUGACGUGUCCAAGGGUUCCCCCUCUUUACCGUAGAGGGCUUCUAGAAGCGUGACGCACGAUACAACGUAUGGCAUGUGUGUCAAACUUUCCUUUAGGUCCGCUUUAGGAUCGUGUGCCAACUCAUUAAGGUGGGAAUUUGCCCUAAGAUUUAGAAUAAAUGUUCGAAAACCAUUACUUAUUUCUGCAGCUCUUUUGCUGUACAUUACUAUCAAAGAAAAGUAUAACGCAAGUUGAACUUUCUAUUUCUUCUUUCAACUUGGUUGAUUUCUUAACAAAUAUUCGAUUGUCAUGUAGCUUUCGUAAACACGUUAAAUGGACGCGUCCCCAAAAGGUCGUUUUAGUUCCCUGAUGACGUCAGGCUGUACCCGGAUGUGUGUUUGAGACGCCAUGUUUGAAAUGGUCGAUUCUUGACACAAUUCCCCAAAGAUCUCAUUAGAGUUUAUCGCCAGAUGGCGAGGAAGUAGAUUACGCCGUUUGGAAAGUCAUGCAAAAUGUUUCAUAAGUGCUUGUGGUACUUAAUGUGAUAUGGUGUUAGAAUGUGACUGGUAUACAUUUUGUAUACACAGACGUCGUAGAAAGAAGGUUGGCUUUGGAAGACUAGAAAAUUUCGGCCAACGAACUGAAACACUUAUUUAUUGAUUGAUUUUUAAAGUUGAGGCCGCACUUUCUGUCGCGAAUGCAACUUUAUUUGUGCAUAUUUUGCCACUGAAAAAUAAUCAAAACAUUUUUUUCAUGGAUUGUUUUUCAUAAAUAUCAGUUUGUAGUUACUGGUCCGCCUCUUUGCCAUGUAUUAUGCCUCUGACAUUUUUACACUAUUGGAAGGGCUCCCAAUUCCUAUAAUCCUAUAGAAUUCGCCUCAUACUAAAAUCGAUUAUGUUCGCAAUAUAAAAUUUGAAAAAAAACCUUGUUAAGACUAUAUUGAGACAUUAAACUGGAAGAGAUUAGGAGAUUUUUUUCUUACCAUGUGUUGCUCUAUCCCCACAUAGUCUUGUCCCAUGUCGGCAUCAGUAAAAUUUGGUUUGUAGCUUGAAAAAGUUGUAAUUGUAUGAUAUUUGACUUCUCCUUCAAUUAUUUUGAACUUCGUCAGUAAACCACAACGAGUUUGCUGUAAAAAGCAUUGGAUAUCCUGUUCAUACCUUCUUCACUCGUUUGAUUGUACAUAAUUUUGUAAUUUCACAGACAUUAUUAGUUCAUAUUGCCGCCUGUGCCUUCAGCUUGGGAUUGAUUAGAAUAUUGAAUGCAUUGCCACCAUUUGGUCGUUGGAGAAACGAGGAAUAAUAUCAUGGAAUAACGUGAUGGACAGUAAUUGUUUGAAGAUGGGGUUCACGAAAUAAUUAAUUGAGGGGUGCUUUUUGAGAUUAUCGCCGUCAAAAUUGGGAGCCACAACUUAUUUUGGUAUUUUGAAGUCCAAUUGUUAUCCACAUGAUUUUCCUCUGCAUGCAUUGUCUUAUAAAUCAUGUUAUGUUGCUAUAUAGCACACAUGGUACACUUCUCGAGCUAGCCGCGACCACGUUUAUCAAAUGUACCACAGGUCACCAAUAAUGCAGUUUGAAACAUCGGGUUUCACAUCUUAAGUUAUAGUUGUUGCAUCCCUAUCCUCCUCUAUGCCAUAGAAACGUGUGCCUUGAUUUGAUGAAAACAAACAGUUUGUUUGGUAUCAGGGAAGAUGUAAGUAGAAAGUAAAGAGAACGAGAUUUCUAAUUAACAUAUAGAUUGAGUUCCGUAAUCGAUCCCCAUUUGUGUUCUGUAGCAGAUUAGUUAAAGGACAAUACAGACCACUUCUGCGCGUUCAUGUAAUGCUCAAGUCUUCUUAAUUGUUGACUCGCCAAGGGAUUUCGUCUACAAAUAAACUUUCAAUGUCUUUCAAGUCAUUUAUCAGAUGCAACAACUCGUGUAAGGAAAAAAGUUAAGAGUAAAGCAUUUCGACUCUUAUCUUUUCUUGUAAAUAUCUUUAUAAUUUCGGUGAGUCUUCUGUUCUCCUUGUAGCACAUACGUUCUCCUCGUUUGAUGUUGUUUAAGGAGGGUGUUCAGCUGAGUGGGUUCUCCGACUCGGUCUGGGCCAACGUUAAACGAAUUGGCGUUGUUUCCUCUCGAAUCGUUUUCUGGUCUGUGUACCAAAAUGGCAGAACUGAUGGAGUUUUAAGAUGUUUCCCGGCGUUCGCACCCUGGUGGCCUGCAUGGAACUAAUAAUCGCCUUCCCCUCGAUAGUCUCUCCCGGCUUGUGUCGUCGCCAGUUGGUAAGGACCGGAACACCUUUCGUCACAUACAUAGUUACUCUACUUUGCAUGUUAUUUGAUUGUAAAUACUUUUGUUAUUUUGUUUCAUACAUAACGGGUGUGUGCGUGUGGUAUGCUAUUUGUAUUUAUAUAUAUUGUACUGCCAGCAAAUUUGGUCAGUUAGAAUUGCUUUAUGAAAGGUACGUGCCCUCACUUCUGUAAUUAGCCAAUCAAGGGAAGGUCAUUUGAAAGCUAUGGUACCAUUGACACCUUCGUCUAUUUCGUCUUAUUCAAGUUGGAAUCCACCGCUGCGCAUAGAUUUGAACAGAGGUUCUCUUGGUGUACGUUGCCGGGGUCUUCUCCAGCUUCUCUAGAUAUAAGGUGUGAUGAAAUGAAACAUACCAAGCCGAUAUGGUGUUCACACUAAUGUUGGUUACAGCUUGUCGCUAUAUUUUGACAAACACAUUUUCUGUCAGAACACUGUUUUAAUGCCCGUAAUAACAUUUAAAGAAAGAGCGGUAUUUUCAGCAACACAGCUGCGACAAAGCAGCCAUGCAUUACGGUUUGUUGAUUUUAGCCACCAGGGCCCUAUGAUUUUAUCAAAUGAUGGUCUCGCACGUUAACGUAGCGUAUCACGUGACGAAUCACGUGGCGUCCUUCGUUGCGGAGCAAUUUUCAGUACAGUAAAUCAAAACCUUCUCAAAUUCAUGAUAUAUAGCCUAUUGCGUAGUCCCCAAUUGCGUAACGUAUAGGUAACCUGCACAUAUAAACGGCCGCCCUUGAUCAUCAGUUCGGGCUCAUGACCUAUACCAAAACGCAACCCCACUCCAAACUGUUGCCUGCCAUCAAAUAAAUCAAUUAUCAACUUAUACACUAUUGUUAUAUGGCAUCAGAUAGUCAUCUACAGCACAAUUUGUAAGAAAAUUAGUGAAUUUAGUUCUCCUGCGCCCCUCUCCCAUCUUUAUUAGGUUUUUAGUUUCAAACAAAGAGGAGAACUUGGAUAAAUCAUGAUAAGUACACGGAACAAUACCUUUCAUAUAGAUUUGGAUAAGACAAUAAACCGUAGAAUCUGUGAUAAAAAACUGAGUAUUAUAACAAAACCUACGUGGUCGUCUUAACAACUUCUCUCAAGCUAGACUUCGCAAUUUAUCAGGUAUUGGUCAGAAGACACCUGUUAUGCUUCUGAUGAGGCUCUAUGAUUCUCAAAUACCUGGAUUUAGAACGAACCGCGCUAUACACUUCCAUAACCGCUUGGAUUGGUGCAAAAAGUGGAAGCUGUCAAAAGCAGUUAAAAACACAUUUUUCGUUGUUUAAUUUGAGAUAUUUUAGAAAUUGAUACUUCACUGUCGGUAUUGAUUGUCUCACCACUACCGCUCAGGUGGAGCUGAAAUGUUGGCAAAAACCUCGGUCUGCCUCGGUCUGCCUCGAGGGUGGAGCUAAUAUUUAGACCAAAACCGAGACAUACCGAGGUUUUUGCCAACAUUUCAGCUCCACCCGAGCGGUUUUGGUGAGACAACCAAUACCUCCAGGUCGGUAUCAGUUCCUUAUGCAAUGGGCCAUGCAUCCUCUCUUGCAAACAGUGCCUACAAUACGACUCCUCCUUACGCAUGUUUUAGAAAGAGUAAGUAUAUUUAUCGAGUGAAAUGGCCCUAUAAUGUCAGGAAGGAAUUGGAAGCCAGGCAAAAUAUCUGAUAUAAAAUGAAUGAAUGUGCGAAUUUCACCUUGCUAGCACGACAACAGUGCAGUCUGCAUCAUACAGGGUCAGCAUAGCUUUGCAGUGGCAGAUUGGUACCCGAUUUCCUCACCAAAGAUAGCAAAACGAAUGGGCAUGACCGCCAUAUCGAAUGUCUCCCGGCCAACUGGCGUGCUUCGCAGUUUUUAGUCUGGAAUGCGGACGAAGAGGACGAACAUGCAUUGUUUUCGAGUGGCGGGCAUAACCGAGCUACUCAUUCAUUUUGUCAUGCCAUCUGCUGGAUUUAUCUGGUACCAUGUCUACAGUAUCUGCAAUAAACUGACUUGUUCAAUAGUGGCACCCUUUAACAAACAAAGACAUAUAGCGUCAAGUCAAAUAGUCAAAAGAUUGAAUGGAGUUGAUCUUCGAGGGUGUGUACAUUUACAGUAACUAUGAUGGUAAUAAUUGACUACAGGGUCAAUGUAUUAUCGCAGUUUGCGGUACCUUGUAAAUAUAAUUCUAUUCUCACUUACGAGAUGUUCUUCUCGAUGAUAUGCACAAAUUUAUCUUUUGUCCCACCUUUAUUUCAGUUUUUCAAUUUCACUUAUUUUAUACGGUUAGGUGUUGUGAACUACGUCAUCUGUUUCAGUCAUAAGGCGUUUGUCGUCAUCAAGUCCGCUUGCAUAUAUACAUUGUAACUAACCUAAGGUCAAGGUUAAGGUCAGAACGAAGUGUAUGAGUAUUGUACUUUAGUUCUGUUCGCUUCUGUAAAUCGUGAAAAAAAACACCACCGCGGAAUGAUAUCAACACAUACUGUGAACAAAAUGGAUUUCUAUCUUUGCCAACCAAAUUCAAGGUUAAGCUUGCGUUGUGAGGAAUGAAAAGGACAUGUACUCUUCCCUUUUUCCUCAGAAUAUUUGAACAGAACGACCAGUACAUAGUCUUCACGUUUUCAUUCAAGCGUUUUCACAGGUCCUCCAGUGUUCAUGCAAUUGCAGACAUGCAAGACUCUAUGAAACGUGCACCCAGAGGCCAAUGCAUUUGACUCGGCGACAGUCUGGCUGAACUUGUACAGAAAUGUUGGCGCCUGUAAUCGUUUAUACAGAUUCCGGGCAGACCUUACCGCAACGGACAAAACUGUAAGUGUACAGUGAACUACAUGUACAUGUAUAUGAAGGUUUAUUUAUUUUUCUGUAAGAUCAGUGUAUAUUAAGACCAAUUUUUAACCAUAAGGUGUUGUACAUUGUCGUUUGUGACCGAGGCUUUUGGCAUACAGUAUUAAGACUUAUACAGUAGAACCCCUCUAUCAAGGACACCCUCGGGACUGACAAGUGCCGUCCUUAAUAGAGAGGUGUCCUGAUUAGAGAGAUCAAAUUGAAUAGAAACUACCAAUUUGGGACUAAAACUAGUGCCCUUUAUAGAGAGGUUGUCCGCUAAGAGAGGUUCCACUGUAGUUGAUUGUCUUUGUUUCAGUUUUCUAAAGAAACACCUUUUACCGCAUCUGUACGGUUUGUUGAGACUUAAGUCGUUUGUGUAAAAUAACCUUUUUCUGGAAGUUUGUGAAAAUUUUACUCAUUGUUGAUAAUAAACGUUUUCUCUGACUUAUUGAGUCACGGAACAUCGGCCUUAGGACAUACAAGAGAACCGCUAUGAUGUUAAUAUUUUGUUUAGCUAUUUGGCCGAGUUGAUAUCAAAUCGAUUCCAUCGAAAAUAAGUCACUUGACACAUUUGUUUUACGACGGAGAACUACGAUUUACAUCAAACUGACCACCUUGGCUUUGCAGAAAUUGCAGACAUAUCAGGCUGUGUUUAUCGCGGCUGUUCUGGAAACUGUCCUAGCUGGUGUUGUUGUUGUCAUCACUGUAUAGAUUUUAUUCAAAACAGGUUACCUCGGAAUAUUUUGUUCAUAACUUUUCAUUUUAAUGGAAUGGGGAUAAAAUAAAUUCUGUUAUACGCUGUGAUCGAAGAAUAUCUGGUCUGGUUUAAAAAAUUCUAAUCGCCAGAGACUGGCUGGAUUUCUUUCCAGUCUCUUUAAUUGAUGGCUUGAUCUUUUUUUCAAGAAGCCUGGUUCACUUCUGGUGUAUUUCUGAGCGGUCGUAUAACACCCGAUCUGGAAAAGUGUACGUCGGAGAAAGAGCCCAAGAAGGGAACUGGCAGGCUUUUUGGUGAUCAGGACUUGGUUGUUCAAAACAAGCCUAGUCACUAACUUGGCAUUAAUUUCAACUUGGCGUUAAUGUCGACAGAGGGUUGUCUCUUUCAGUUAGACAUGUCAAGUUAACGCCAUGUUUAUCGCUAACGUUAAUUGUUUUGAACUACCAAACCCUGGAAGUUUCUAGCUGUGAAUGUUUGCUAGGUAAUUUAAAUUUCAUUUAUCACCAAAUUCAGUUGCCAGGAUGCUAUCUUCAAAUCAAAUUAAAGCGGCGAAAACGUGAAACCUCAUCACUGAAAUUUGGCCAGAUACUAAGUGGUUAUUGGCAUUCUUGAGUUCACUCCAGUCCAGACAAUGUUGAGUUACGUUUGCUGUUUAGCCUAGAUGAUGAGCUAUGAAAUUAGAUGAUGGACGACAAGCUUUGACAAGUUUGCAAGUUAUAUAUUUUUCUAUUUGAUGUCCAUACGUUUGUUUUGCAUGAACCCUUUUCUUGAAUUCUCCGCGUGUUGGGUUUCUACACCAUCUCAACCAUUGGUUAGUGUAUUUCCUGGGAACUACUCCCAUGUUGUGAUGACAUGACCCAGCCGAUUUGACCACCUUGGUGCUUUUCAAACAUGGUGACUGAAUACAAUAGUGUAUAAGUUAUGGUCCCAAUAAAAUGCUAUGUUUCUACC